AUGCCCUUCUCACGCUCUAUCAAUAUCGUCGGCUGCCAUGCCGAAGGUGAAGUUGGCGACGUGAUCACCGGCGGCGUCCUCGAUGUCCCCGGCAAGACCAUGUUCGACAAGCUCAUGCACUUCCAAACGAAACGAGACGAGCUGCGACAGUUCGUGCUCAAUGAGCCUCGAGGUCGUGCCCCAAUGAACGUGAACCUCCUUCUACCACCUUGCGAUCCUCGCGCCGACGCCGGGUUUCUGAUUAUGGAGAGCAACGAAUACGCGCCCAUGUCCGGCUCUAAUACAAUAUGUACGACGACCGUGCUGUUAGAAACCGGAAUGAUCCCCAUGAAAGAGCCCAUUACGGAAGUUACACUGGAUACCGCUGCUGGGCUGGUAACCGUCACCGCGGAGUGCGAAGCAGGGAAAUGCAAAAGUGUUGAAUUUAAUAACGUCCCGGCCUUUGUGCUCGAGCUGGACUUCAAAGUCCAAGUCCCCGGUCUAGGCGAGAUAUCUAUUGAUAUCGCAUACGGCGGGAUGAUGUAUGUGGUUGUGGAUGCUGCUUCUCUGGGUCUGUCUGUCCACAGCAACUACUCCCGCGAAUUAAUUGACAUUGGUGAGCGAAUCAAGCGUGCAACUGAGGCUGUAUAUACCCCUGUCCACCCGGAGAACCCAGGAAUCACGGGUUUCUCGGUUAUCUCGUUCACAGAGCCUCCUCGGACGGAGGAUGGCUGCAAGGUCGCACCCAAUGCUGUGGUUGUUUCUCCCGGGCGCUUUGAUCGCAGCCCAUGCGGCACUGGGACUUGUGCCAGACUAGCUGUUAUGCAUGCAAGGGGUCAGAUUAAGGAAGGAGAAAUCUUCAAGCACCGAAGCAUAAUAGGGACUGAGUUCGUGAGUCGCAUUCGUGGACUUACAUCGGUGGGGAAAUAUCCCGCGGUUUUGCCUACGGUAAAGGGUCGCGCUUGGAUAACGGGCUUCAGACAGGCUGUCCUCGACUCUACGGAUCCAUUCCAGGAGGGCUAUAGAUUGGGCGAUCAAUGGCCCGUUGCACGAAUAUGA